ACUGAGCAGGUGCUAGUCCUAACCAUCCGCAUCCUCUUGUUCGGACACCUCCCGGGAUGCCACUGCAGGUUAGCGAUUACACCUGGCAGCAGACGAAGACUGCGGUGUUUAUCUCUGUGCCUCUCCGGGGCGUCUGCGUCAGAGAUGCGGACGUGUUCUGCACGGAAAACUAUUUGAAGGUCAACUUUUAUCCAUUUUUAUUUGAAGUGUUUCUCUAUGCGCCCAUAGACGAUGAAAACAGCAAAGCCAAGAUUGGGAAUGACACUAUUGCAUUCACCUUGUAUAAAAAAGAAGUGGCCAUGUGGGAGACCCUUUCUGUGUCAGGUGUUGACAAAGAGAUGAUGCAAAGAAUAAGGGAGAAAUCUAUUUUACAAGCACAAGAAAGAGCAAAAGAAGCUGCAGAAGCAAAAGCUGCAGCAAGGCGAGAAGAUCAAAAAUAUGCACUAAAUGUUAUGAUGAAGAUUGAAGAAGAGGAGAGGAAAAAAAUAGAAGAUAUGAAAGAAAAUGAACGACUAAAAGCAACUAAAGAAUUGGAAGCCUGGAAAGAAUGUCAAAGAAAAGCUGAAGAACAAAAAAGAAUUCAGAGAGAAGAGAAAUUCUGUGAACAAGGAAAGCAAACUGAAGAAGAGAGAAACAAAUUAAAACAUAAAAGCCUUACUAGAAUUGCAGCAUCUAGAAAUCUUGCCACAAAAGGAAGAAAUUCAGAAAAUAUAUUUUUGGAGAAGUUAAAGCAAGACAGUAUUCCUGCUCCUCGCUCUGUUGGCAGUAUUAAAAUCAACUUUACCCCUCGAGUAUUUCCAACUGCUCUCCGAGAAUCACAAGUAGCAGAAGAAGAGGAGUGGUUACACAAACAAGCAGAGGCACGAAGAGCACUGAAUACUGAUAUUCCUGAACUUUCUGAUUUAAAAGAGGAAGAAAAGAAUCCAGAAUGGCUGAAGGACAAAGGAAACAAAUUGUUUGCAAAAGAAAACUACUUGGCAGCUAUUAAUGCAUACAAUUUAGCCAUAAGACUAAAUAACAAGAUUCCACUAUUGUAUUUGAAUCGGGCUGCUUGCCACCUAAAACUAAAAAACUUACACAAGGCCAUUGAAGAUUCUUCUAAGGCACUAGAGUUAUUGACACCACCUGUUGCAGAUAAUGCUAAUGGAAGAAUGAAGGCAUAUAUACGACGUGGGACAGCAUUCUGUCAACUAGAAUUGUACAUAGAAGGCCUACAGGAUUAUGAAGCUGCACUUAAGAUUGAUCCAUCCAAUAAAAUUGUACAAAAUGAUGCUGAGAAGAUUCGGAAGAUAAUUCAAGGAACAGAACUAAAAUCUUAAUGACUGCUGAAGAAACUAGGUAUUGUACUAGGUAUUGUUUUAAGUUUUUCAAAAAAUAACUGGAGGCAUUAGGAAUCUUUGUAAAUAUUAUGGCUGAUUGUACAGAAUCACUUUCUUUUUCAUUCUGUAGAGGGCAAAAUAUUAUAAAUCUAUAGAAAAUGAAAUGUUUGAUUUGAAUGGUUUCUGAAUAAGUAAAUCAAAUUAAGAAUUAUUUAAUUCUUUGCUUCUUUGAUACAUGGAUUAAUUACAUAUAUAUUUUGUUGUUGUUAUUGCUGUUACUGAAUUCAGCUUGCCCUUAUAACCAACAAAAUAUUUCUUGGUGUGAUGAGUACUAGGACAUUACUAAUUUAUACCUGACAAGGUAAAAUUUGAAAAUAAAAGACCAUGUUUAUAAUUUUUUAAAUUAAAUGUACUGCUUAAUUGAAUGGUUGACCUUAGUAUAAUCAGUACUGAUGUUCACUUAGUAUUCAAUGCACAAAACCUUUACUUCUCCAUCCUGUUGUGGGAGGGUAGACCAGUUCAAUCUAGCAAAACAACUGUUUGGAAAACCCCUUUAAAAAAAAAAAAGA